CGCCGACUAGUUGGAUCCGCCUCACUGUCUCUAGUCACUGUGCUUCUUUGGGAAACGCCGGGAGGAGAUAAAUUUGAUCUAUUCCAUCUGACUCAUGACGAUAUGACAUGUAGAACAUCAACCCGAAUUCACACCCCUACUGCUUUCCCCAGAACUCCUCCACCAUGGACAUCCCCGCGAGCUGCGACGUCAUCGUCGUCGGCAGCGGCAAUGCGGGGUUCUCCGCCGCCAUCUCGGCCGCACAAUCCGGCGCCCGCCGCGUUCUGCUCAUCGACAAGUGCCCCGAGGACUGGGCCGGCGGCAACAGCUACUUCACGGCGGGCGCCUACCGGACCGUCCACCAGGGCCUGCCCGACCUGCUCCCUAUUGUCAACAACGUUAGCCAAGAGCAGGCUAGCAAGAUCGAGCUGAGCCCCUACACUGCGCAGGACUUCCACAACGACCUCAAGAACAUCUGCGUUGGACGCUCUGAUCCAGAGCUUGCGCAUGCGCUGGUCUCCGAGUCCAACGACACUAUCAAGUGGCUCGCCAAGAACGGCGUCCGCUUCCAGCUCUCCUUUAAUCGCCAGGCCUACGAGGUCGACGGCAAGAUCAAGUUCUGGGGCGGGCUCUCGCUCAAGACCCAGGACGGCGGCAAGGGCCUCAUCGCAGACCACCUCGCCGCCGCCCGGCGCCACAGCGUCAAGGUCCUCUGGUCGACAGCCCUGGUCGGCAUCGCGCCACCGAACCAUCCAGGCGGCGACGUCGUGGUCACCGUCCGCCUCGACGGCGCCACAAGCACCAUCUCCGCCAGGGGCGUCGUCCUGGCUGCUGGCGGGUUCGAGUCCAACGCGCGGAUGCGGAGCCAGUUCCUUGGCCCCGGCUGGGACAUGGCCAUGGUGCGGGGCACGCCGUACAACACAGGCGAGUGUUUCGAGAUGGCCAUCCAGAGCCUCGACGCGCAGCCCGUCGGCAACUGGUCUGGCUGCCACGCCGUGGCCUGGGACGCCAACGCCGACCCCAACACGGGCGACCGUGUGGCCUCCAACGAGUACACCAAGUCGGGCUACCCGCUUGGCCUCAUGCUCAACGUUGAGGGCAAGCGCUUUGUUGACGAAGGUGUCGACCUACGCAACUACACCUACGCCAAGUUCGGCAGGGCCAUCCUCUACCAGCCCGAGCAGACGGUCUUCCAGGUAUGGGACGCCCAGACCACCCCGUGGCUCCGCUCCGAGGAGUAUCGGGAGGAGAGGGUGGAACGCAUCACGGCAGACACCCUGGAGGAGCUUGCCGACAAGUGCCAGGCACGGGGUCUGCGUGAGCGGGACGCUUUUGUCCAGACCAUCCGCGAGUAUAACGAGGCUGUCCAUGCCCACCGGCACGAGCACGCCCACGAGCAACUCAAAUGGGACCCCGCCAUCAAGGACGGACUCUCGACGCAGUCUUCGUCCAAGCAGCUAGUGCUGCCCAAGUCCAACUGGGCCCUGCCACUGGACCAGGGGCCGUUCCUUGCCGUCAAGGUGACAUGCGGCAUCACCUUUACCUUUGGGGGUCUCAAGGUUGACCCGCAGACAGCGCAGCUCAUCGGUGCGUCAACGGGCCAGCCAGUGCCGGGUGUCUACUGCGUCGGCGAGAUGCUGGGGGGACUCUUUUACCAGAAUUAUCCCGGUGGAAGCGGCCUGACCUCUGGCGCCGUCUUUGGCAGGAGAGCUGGUCGGGCUGCGGCGCAGAGGGCCGCCACCACGGAAAAGGACUCACAGGGCUUCGUCACUGGCCGGACGAGAGUCAAUGGCAAGGAGAAAGGAAGAACCCGUCAUACAAGACGAUACAAUUAG